AUGGAAAAUUAUCCAGGAGAAGGUACAGAUGCUCCCAAAAAGAUCGUAGAGGCUUUAGAAAAGCAACCUUUAUCAUAUUUGGUACCUAAAUCGCGGCUAUCGUCUUUACUUACUGAUACAAUGACUGUGUCUGUUCCAUUAUCUCAUGAGACCUUUAAAGAAAGUAAGGACAUUAGUAACGAAAGUCAUAUGAUUGAUAAGUUAAAUUCCGUACUAUUAGGCAUUCAUAAUGGGGAUGAGGAGAGCAAGUUACUCUUUAGACGCCCCAAGAUGUUCAAGUAUAAACUAAAGAGAAGGGAUUCUGCCGAUACCGGAAAAUUGUUUGAGAAACUAUCACCAUUAGCUAAGCAACUCCUACAACUUAACGAUCCUGGUAUAAAUCCAGAUGAUAUAAUUAAUGAAAUUAACACAGAAAAAAGUAUAGAGAAGCACAAGUUGGAAGAUUUGUCGAAUAUAUCGCUAGAUUUGACAUCUCAAGGAUCUCCAAAAAGAGCCAAGCUAUCAUCUGGCGUCUCACUUAAUCAGAAAUCCAUGGGUGAGCAAUGCUUAAAAGAGCUAGAUAUUUUAUUACAUCGAUUUGGUGAGGAUGCUUUAUCUUCUGACAGGGACGAUGUCGAGAUUUGGGCUUUCUUAGAUAACGACUCAUAUGUACUGAGGGAGGAAUACAUCGACAGGUUGCAAAUAGUUUUAAAUAAUAUUUUUACAAUUCCACAAAUAUGGCCAGAGCUUAAGGUCGAGCAGCUCAGAAGAAUCUUAGAUAUUAUGACAAACAAUAUCAGAAUUUGUAGAGAGCAUAAAAAUUCAAAAGAAAGCCCUUUUCCAGUUGGAAAAAUUGCAUAUGCAUCAGUGGCUGUUAGUUUCAAUGUACUGUCGUUAAAUAAUAACGAUAAGCGACUAAAUUUGGAACAAUACGUCUUGGAACCCAUAGACUUUCUGGUUGAGUCGCUAGAAUCGAUAAAAAACUCUGGAAGUAGUUCGAGUCCGGUAACAGAUGAUUUGAGGCUACUAGAACAAUCAAUACAAACAUUCCCAACAUAUAUUCAUCAGCGCCCUUUUCUAGAUGAGAGUUUGGUGACGAAACUUACAUAUCUGUUUACUGACAUUGUAAUGAAUUAUGAGCUGGAGUUAAACAGCAAUAUAGCUGCGCAAAAUUCAUGGGAAAAGAUAAAACAUGUAAGUUCAGAAGCACUAAUUGCACUAUACAAUAAAGUUCCAGGGCAAAGGGACUUUAUAAUAGAUGAACUACUUUCCCAAAGUGAGCGAUUACCACAGAGAAGAUUACAAAGAAAAUUAAGAAAGGUAAAAAAAGACUUGUUCACUAGCGAUUUUACCUUAACUUUGUGCAUGAUGCUUGAAAAUUUGAACAAACUUGACUUGGACUUCAAACAAGUUGACAUGAUUGAUAGCAAUUUUUCAAUCAUUACAGAAAAGCAGAAAGAAAUAGAGACGUUUUUACUUAACACAAUUGACCAUGUCAAUAACACCCUUUUAAAUCAAUUUUUCGGAAAUUUCAUCAAGUAUCGUCACUCCCUAGAAAACUACAUCCAAGAUCUAAUCAACCUUUUCCCUCAUCUCGAAUGGCCUGUUGCUGAACUCUUGUUAUCCUCGAUGAUGAAGAAAUUGUUGAUGAUGUUUGGCCCUAAUAAUUCAAAAGCAGCAAAUGCAGAAACAGUGUGUCUACAAUUAAUAGGACAGAUAGGCUGUGCAAUCUUUGAUGUCAGAUGUAGAACAAGGCCGAAUGAAUGUAACAAUUUGGUAAAAAUUUGUAAUUAUCCUGAGUACUUACAGCAGUUUAUGGCAUCUUUUGACCGUUGCAAAAAUUUUCUAGGGCAAUCUGAAGGAAAAAAGAGUACAUACGUUUAUCUCUGCUGUUCUAAACUAUCCUGUUUGGUGAGACUAAAGGAAUACGUGAAGGAUUCCGAAGAGCAAAAUUCUAACAUUCAAGCAAUGAUCCAGCAAUGCUUAUUGGAUUUGGAGUCUGAGAAGGUCGACCAUGUAUCUAGCUCAGACAUUAACGAUGUUUCACUAGACUAUUUUUCUGUUCUCCAUGCAUACGAUUUGUUAAAUUUGUACGAACCUUAUUUAAGAUUAGUAUUAUCCAUUUUAAACCAAAACAAAGUCAAGCUUAGAUCUACCGCAAUUAAGUGUCUCUCGAUGCUCGCUUCUAAAGAUAAAACUGUUCUGUCAAACUCGAUGGUGAAGGCAACAAUUGUGAGGCUCCUUAGCGACUCUUCUGCUGCUUCCAUAAAAGAUGCAACGCUUGAUUUGGUUAGCAUCGCUUCGUCAUAUCUCCAGUAUUUCGAGCAAAUUAACAUAAAUUAUGAUAAUGAUAGUGUAUUAAUACGGAAGCACAUUCUGAAAAUAAAUGAAAGGGUUUAUGAUGAAACAAAAGAUAUAAAUACGAAGAUUUUUGUAGCGUCUAAAAUUCUUUUAAGAUUAGAGGAUGAAGAAGAUACAAUAAUAGAUAUGGCGGAACAAAUUUUAUAUAGCAGAUGGCUUACUUCAGUAAGUGAACUUGAUAAGAAACCUGAUAGACAGGGUUCUAUAUGCAGAGAAAUUAUUACUGUUAUGUCUGGUAUAGCUGUAAUGAGCCAGAAAUCUUCUGAAAUUUUUGACUGGUUCCUGAACUUUUAUUUACUAAAUGGUUCAUUGCAUACCGAUGACGACUUCAAAAUAAUCACAACAAAUUUGAACAAACUAACGAAUACAUUGGUUCAAGAAAUUGUACAGUUACAAUCAGUAGAUACAAAUGAUCCGUCACUAGAAUUGACGAAGGAAAAGUAUCUUAACCUUCUGGCAAAAUUUGCUUACGCUAAUGUUUCAUUUAUAACAAAGGAUCAUAUUGAGAGCUUAUACCCAUAUAUGAUUGCUGAUGAAAAAACGAAUUUUCUAUAUCAUCUUCUGCACGUCUUUAGAAGAUCAAUGGAGCAGCUGUCCAAUUUUAAAUCAAAAUUUCUCAAUGAUAUUGAGACCAGCAUUCUAACACGUCUGCCCAAAAUGAAUGUAAAAGAAAUGGAAGAAGCCAUACCUUUGGCGUGGCAAGUGGCAUGUCACAGAAAGGAUACGACGAGAAUAGCAAAAGCGUGCUCGUCCUGCUUCAUUCAUAUGAACCCGUACAUAAAUAAGGCCAAUAAGGAUCCGGCAUCACUGACUGUAGAUGGGAAGUUACAGCGUUUAAUGUACUUGGCAACUGGUUUUGGUAGUUUUUGUACAUUCAAUGCAAAUAAAGAUGCUAUCUCUUUUUUAAAAAAUGAUGAAACUGUGUACGAAUAUGUUGCUAAAUGUUUGCUGGUCUUAUCUAGGAAAGACGUGGCCCAUAUCAUUCGUCGCAUAGCUAUUCGAAACUUGACUAAAUUAUGUGGUAGCCACCCAAAACUUUUCAAUUCUAAGCACGUUCUCAAGUUGAUUGAUGGUGUGUUUGAAGGCGAUUCUCUCGAUAUAAAGCUGGUUGUCUUAGAAAGCUUUUAUGAUUUCUUCAUUAUGGAAGAACAAAAGGCAGCAAGGAGCUCUGGUGCUAACCUGCUUUCCUCAUCAAAAGCGAAGUCCCUGAACAUAAAAUUACUUCCAAAAAAGAAGUCCGACUUUCUCCAUGACGGUAUAUGCUCAGCUUUAGUUUCAAGAUACCUCAGAUAUAUACUGGAAAUCUGUCUCUUAGAAGAUACUAAAGGCGCUUUGGUUUCUGGGAGGCUGUUGAAGUUGAUAGUACAAUAUGGCUACGUCAAUCCCUCUCAUUGUAUUCCCACAGUAAUUGCACUACUCUCAUCAAAGGAUAAAUAUAUGAAUCAUCUCGUUAUUGGCAUUUUGACAGGCAUAUUUGAGAAGCAUGAAACCAUGGUUUUCAAUGGUUUGUCAAAGGGUAUUCAAACUGCAAUCGAAUAUUCCUUCAAAAUUUCAGGAGAAAGCUUCUAUGAGAAUGAUAUAUUUAUCCAGGCUUUGCAAAGCAUACUAGGCGAGGGUAAAAAGUACACUGUAAAAUUCAGCAAAUAUAUGAAUAAAAUACUCCAAAUAUUCUUCACCAAUUCAGUUUCUAUUAAUUCUGAUUCAAAGCAAAAGCGGAACGUGUUAUUUUUAUCUACUAAUAUUGUCAAUAUGAAAUUUAGUUCACAAUUUGAGUAUUUAGGCUUGUUGAAACAUAUUGAUUUCUCAGCUGAGCAAUUACAAGAAAUCAUUCUAGAUGAAUUAGUUCAUGAAAGCGACGAGAAUGGCAGACCCAACUCUAAGUUAAAAGAUGCUGUCAUUGUUCACGCAGCACUUUCAGACCUACAAAGUUAUAUGCUGAAACUAUAUGGCUUUAAGGAGAAUAUACUACUAUAUGAGGCUGCGCAAGAGUCAGACUUGAAAGGAAAGCAAAUGCCUUUACCAAAGUCUACAUCGCCGUCCUUCAUUGAAAUUAUGCAUCGUCUCCUUCAAUCUGCUAUAAAUGAACAGUUCUACACUAAAUAUAUAAAGAAUAUGCAAGAGUACUAA